GUCAAUGUCAUUACCUGUUUACUUGUCACUGUCAACGUCAAAAAUCGAUAUUUUUUUCUCUGAAUUUUUCAGAAGUACUUUAUUUAUUGUGCACAAUAUUAAUAUAUAUUUAGUGUGCUAUUUUUACUGAAAAUAAUCCAAAUCUUUUACCAAAAUGAGAUGGACUGUUCACAUUGAUGGUGGGCCAAUGCGUGUCAAUCAUGCGGCAGUUUGUAUAGGAAACAAAAUCUUCUCUUUCGGCGGAUACUACUCAUCUGAAGAAUAUAAAGAUUGGGACCCGAUCCCCGUCCAUGUAUUAGACACUGUUACGUUGCGGUGGUCAGCAGUUAAUUAUAAAAGGAAUGAUGUGGUUCCAUUUCAAAGAUACGGUCAUACAACAGUAGCUUAUGGAGACAAAGUUUAUAUGUGGGGAGGAAGGAAUAACUCUGUUGCAUGUGAAACACUAUCAUGUUUUGAUACAAAAACUUUAGAAUGGAGUACACCAUCAGUAACAGGGAUGGUGCCGUAUGCAAAAGAUGGUCAUUCGGCUUGUCUUAUAAAGAAUAAAAUGUUCAUUUUUGGUGGCUUUGAGUAUCUUACUGACCAAUAUUCACAAGAAGUUCAUUGCUUGGAUUUGGACACUCUGAUUUGGACAUUUGUAGACACAAAAGGUACACCACCUUCUCACCGUGAUUUCCACACGGCUGUUGCAGUAGGUAACAGAAUGUAUGUAUUUGGAGGUAGAGGAGAUUUAAACAGUCCUUACAAUUCACAACAAGAAAUAUAUUGCCCUCAAGUGUACUACUUAGAUACCUUAGAAGAUAGAUGGGUUGUUGCUAAUCCAAGUGGUAACUGGCCAGAAGGAAGACGCAGUCACUCUGCCUGGAUCCACAAUGAUAGCAUGUACAUCUUUGGAGGAUUCAAUGGAAACUCAAAAACUCAUUUUAAUGAUCUCUAUAGAUAUUCUAUAAAAGAAAAUAGCUGGCAGUACAUAAAUGUAAAAGGGUCUGUACCCUGCAAAAGAAGACGUCAGGCUUGCCUCAUUUACCAGAAUAUAGUUUAUCUAUUUGGAGGAACCAGCCCUUGUCCUAACCAAAAUGUACGACCAGCCUAUAAUUUAAUUGAUAAUGAACCAGAGAGGCUAAUAGACAACAGUGAUCUGCAUUUGUUGGACUAUUCUCCAUCUCUUAAAACACUUUCAAUCCUCACAGUUUUAGAGCAUAAUCUGGAUCAGUCAUCUUUACCAAGAGACAUAAUAAUUGACAUCCACACUAUGACAUUGCCAAACCGUAUAAGUAGACCUAUAAACCAGUCUGGCUGAUAAUUUCAAGAUGAAACUAUUUAUUAUUAGUUUAGAACCAUUAACUUACCUUUCUGGAUUGGUUAAUAUAAAUCUUUAUUAUGUCGGUAUGUGAUAAUGGUAACUAACUUGUGAUGUUUAAUGCAAUUUCUAAUAGAUUUGAAAUUACACUAUAUUCAAAUGUAUUAUAUUUUUUAUAAUAAGAAUUUGGUUGUCACUUAGUUAAAAAGAUUAUUAUUAAGUUUAUAUAGCAUUAGAGACUAAGCAUGUGAACACCACAUUUUCACAUACCCACAUUACAGCGUAUGUGACUAUUAUAAACAAUAUAUUUAGUUUCCCAAAAUCAGAUAGCUGCUUUUGACCGCUGCAUUCAUUAGGCCUUGUAUUCACGGUAAAGAUUUAUCAACAAAUUUAAAUCAAUGUGUCGCCGAGAUGCCUUCAAUAAUCUGUGUUUUUGCAGAAACAAUGUUGAUCUACAUUUGCUCGACAAAUAUUUACCAUGUAUAAUAACUGAGUUUAAAAAAAUAAUAUAACGAAACACUAAAAUGCUUAAUACUCAACAACUGGCAUUAUGUAAAAAUAUUAUAAUCAUAUUUUUGAGUUUGAGUUUUUGCAUAGCUUAUUGUUACUUUAUAAUUUCUACAAAGAUAAAGUUUCUUAAAAAUUAAAAUAAGUCAAAUAACGCCCUACCUUAAGAACUGAUCUGAACUGACCUAUAACUGAAGGAAUAUAGUAGAAGCUCCUUAUUCACGAAAGUUACAUUCUAUAA